GAUAUCAUCAAUAAUAUCUAUUAUAUUCCACUGAAAAUGAGAAUUAGAUACCAAAUUGUUGCUGCAUGCGCACUAUUGGUACUUGUGAUGGUAAUGGCUGAAAUUGCAGGCAUUUGUGCGAAUUCAAGUACUCUCCUCCACUCUCUGUGUGUUGAAAGAGAGAGGCAAGCUCUUGUGAAGUUCAAAGCAUCCCUGAAUGAUUCAUCAAACAUGCUUUCCUCAUGGCAUGGCGAUGACUGCUGCCGAUGGAAAGGGAUCGGUUGUGAUAAUGUUACCGGUCAUGUUGUCAUGCUUGAUCUCACUACUCCUUAUGUGAAAUGCAGGAGAUCCGAGGCACAAAUUGAAUACACGCCGGAAGAAUAUGAUUAUGAGGAGGUUAUAUCAAGUGAAUGUAACCCUUUCAUCGAUCAAUAUUUAGAAGCUGGGAAUGUUAAUUCGUCCCUACUGGAACUGGAAUACUUGACUCAUUUGGACUUGAGUGGAAAUCACUUCUGUUGGAGUCACAUACCGAUGUUCAUUGGUUCUAUGCACCGCCUCAGGUAUUUAUCCCUCUCUGAUGCUGGUUUUGGCGGGAGAAUACCCAGCAAUCUUGGAAAUCUCACCAACCUCCACUUUCUUGAUCUGAGUCGGAAUGAAUUUUCACCAGACAGCAACAUCAAUUGGAUUUCUCAAUUGCCAUUGCUGGAACACCUUGAUAUGAGCCAUAUUUACACUUGGUUUCAGGUUGAUAUUAUUAAUGUCACCAUCAGUGCUCCUAAACUUCAAUUCCUAAGUCUCGCCCACAAUAGACUUAAUGUAUCAAAUUUGGAUGCUUUACAAAACAUGACAUCUCUUGUGCAUCUUGAUCUUUCAUGGUGUUAUCUUCAUGGCCCAAUUCCAAAUGCUUUUCAAAAUGCAACUUCCAUUGAAUUUUUUGUCCUUUCUGGAAAUAAUUUUGACUCUCUUCCAUCCUGGUUUCACAAGUUUAAAAAACUCAAACAUCUUUUUCUUUCAUCUAAUAACUUCCAAGGUAGAAUUCCCGAUGCUUUACGAAAUAUGACUAGCAUUGAGUCCCUUAGCCUUUCUGAUAAUUCUUUCACUUCAAUUCCAUCUUGGUUUAUUGAGUUAAAGAAACUUGUCUACCUCAGUCUUUCAAGUAAUAAAUUAACAACGAUGGAAUGUUCCGUUUCUUCCAUUUUGGAAAAUAUGUGUCACCUAAAAUGGUUAUAUAUAGCAAGAAAUAGGCUCCGAAAAGAAUCCAUUGGAAACAAUGAUUUGUCUACCUGCAUUAGACAUGAUUUGGAGAAUCUUGACUUGAGUGAAAAUGAAUUUAACGAUCAUUUAGCAUCUUGGUUAGGACAACUUGAAAAUCUAGGCAGCCUUUAUCUCCAUGAUAAUUUUUUCUAUGGUUCCAUUCCCUCUUCUUUUGGAAAAUUACUAAAAUUGAAAAUUUUAUCUCUAUACAACAACAAGUUAGAAGGGGAUCUUCCUGAUUUUAUGGGACAACGUGUAAAUUUACAGGUGGUUGAUCUUUCAAAUAAUUCAUUUAAUGGAACGUUUACUCAAAAUCUUGAACAACUUGUAAAUUUACAAGAUUUUGAUAUCUCAAAUAAUUAUUUAAAGGGAAUUAUUCCUCAAAAUCUUGGACAACUUGUAAAUUUACAAAAUUUUGUUGUUUCAAAUAAUUAUCUAACGGGAUCCAUUCCUUCGAGUCUUGGCCAACUUAUAAAUCUGACUAACCUUGAUUUGUCAAAUAAUUAUUUAAAAGGGAUCAUCCCUGCAAGUCUUAACCAACUUGUAAAUCUGUCUUUCCUUGAUCUUUCAAGGAAUAAAUUAGAUGGGAGAAUUUGUAUUGAUUUUCAAAAACUUGGGGUUCUAUCACACUUGGAUCUAUCUUCAAACAAUUUGAAUGGACCCAUUACAGGGGAAAAAGGUUGGCCUUUGUUUAUCCCAGAAAUGUGGUAUUUGAAUCUCUCCCAUAAUCAUAUCAGUGGCUCACUUCCUGAUCAUAUUGGUCAUAUAAUGCCCAAUUUGAGGUCCUUGAUUCUUGGAAAUAACCUCAUAAAUGGUUCUAUUCCAAAAUCAUUGUGCCAGCUUGAUUUGAGAGUCCUUGACCUUUCAAAGAACAGAAUAUCUGGUGAAAUCCCCAAUUGUUGGAAGGAGAACGGAGAAUGGGAAGAAAUAAAUUUGUCAUCCAACAAACUCACAGGAGCUUUUCCAACCUCAUUUGGGAAUCUCUCCACUCUGUCAUGGUUGCAUUUGAACAAUAACAGUCUUCAUGGAGAGUUUCUAGCAUCUAUGAGAAAUUUGCCACAGUUGUUGAUUAUUGAUCUCGGAGAGAAUCAACUUUCUGGCACCAUCCCAUCAUGGAGUGCUAACACAUUUUCUUCACUACAAAUUCUAAGAUUGCGGCAAAACAGGUUAAGUGGUAGCAUUCCUUCACAGAUAUGUGAACUAUCAUCCAUUAAAAUCUUGGACCUUUCUCGCAACAAUUUAAAUGGUUCAAUACCUCGCUGCAUAGGCAAUCUUCGAGGAAUGACUCUUGAGGCUCCCGCUUUGUCUCCUACUUCAUCUGUGGCCGAGCUUCACAAUUCGUCUCUUACACAAGAAUCUGGUUGGACAACUGAGGAUGUGAUAGAAGUCAUAAAAGGAAGAGAACUUGACUACAUAAGAAUCUUGAAGCUUGUAGUCAUCAUGGAUUUGUCUGAGAAUAACUUGGUUGGCUCCAUUCCAAAAGGAAUAACAUUGCUCAAUGGUUUGCAUAGCUUGAAUCUAUCAAACAAUCAUUUGAUUGGAAAGAUCCCUAACAUGAUAGGGGAUAUGAGAUCACUUGAAUCCUUUGAUGUUUCGAGUAACCAACUCUCGGGUACAAUUCCAAGCAGCAUGUUAGCUUUAACAUCACUAAGUCAUUUAUAUUUGUCAUACAAUAACUUCUCUGGACCAAUUCCCACAGAUAACCAGUUUUUAACUUAUGAUUCAUCGAGUUAUGCUGGCAACCCAUAUCUCUGUGGAUUUCCUUUACCCAACAAAUGUGGUUAUUUACAUGAAGAUCAUGGGAGCAGCGAAUUUGAAGAUGAUGACAGCAACUUAGAUAAGUUGGAAAAGUGGUUGUUCUACUUUGUCAUUGCAAUUGGCUUUGCAACUGGGUUUUGGGGAGUUAUUGGGACUUUGUGGUUCAAGAAAACUUGGAGGCAUGCUUACUUCAGAUGGGUGGAAGAUUUAGCCGACACAAUUUAUGUCACAACUACAAUAAAAAUGGCAAAAUUGAAGAAGUGGAUGAUGAUGAGAAACCGUGUUGUUGCUUGAUCAUGUGUUCAUGUGUGUGUUUUUAUUUUUAUUUUGAAGAAUCAAAGGUGGAAAUAAAUUAAGGAAAGUGAAUGAUGUUUGAUGCAUGUAUGAAUGUAUAUGUUAGAUACAAGACACUAAACUGGAUAAAGGAUUUUGUGUAUUAUUGAGUGCAUUCAAGUUGUCUUGAAUGAUACAAUAUAGAAGUGCUAAGAGAAUCGAAAUAAUAAAAACGUA